GGCUCUCCUGGAGAUUCAGCUGCAGAGGGCGGGAGGAGGAGCAGGAAGCCUCCUCCCGCCUCUCCUCUCCCAGCACCUCUGAUUCUUAAGACUCUGUCUCCCAGCACACAAACAACGGGAAAAGUCUUCCGUGGAAGGGCAGCGCUCAGAGGGAAAGAGAGGACAUGAUGGCAAAGAAGGUGGCAGUGAUUGGAGCGGGGGUCAGCGGCCUGGUCUCGCUGAAAUGCUGUGUGGACGAGGGGCUGGAGCCCACCUGCUUUGAGAGGACGGGGGAUAUCGGAGGGCUGUGGCGAUUCCAAGAAAAUGUGGAAGAUGGCCGAGCAAGUAUCUACCGAUCUGUCAUCACCAACACCAGCAAGGAAAUGUCCUGUUUCAGUGACUUUCCAAUGCCUGAAGAUUUCCCAAACUUCCUACACAAUUCCAAACUUCUGGAAUAUUUCAGAAUUUUUGCCAAAAAGUUUGAUCUUCUAAAAUACAUUCAGUUCCAGACGACUGUCCUCAAGGUGAAAAGGCGCCCAGACUUCUCGUCCUCCGGCCAAUGGGAGGUUGUCACCCAGAGCGCAGGCAAGGAGCAAAGCGCCGUCUUUGACGCAGUUAUGGUUUGCAGUGGUCAUCACAUCCUGCCUCACAUCCCCCUGCAGUCCUUUCCAGGUAUCGAGAAGUUCAAAGGCCAGUAUUUCCACAGCCGGCAAUACAAGCGCCCAGCUGGAUUUGAGGGGAAACGCAUCCUGGUGAUUGGAAUAGGAAACUCGGCCUCGGACAUUGCCGUGGAGCUGAGCAAGGAGGCUGCGCAGGUAUUUAUCAGCACCAGAAAAGGCUCCUGGGUCAUGAGCCGAAUCUCAGAAGAAGGCUAUCCUUGGGACAUGGUGUUCCACACCCGGUUCAGCUCCAUGCUCAGGAAUGUUCUGCCACGAACCAUUGUCAAGUGGAUGAUGGAGCAACAGAUGAAUCGGUGGUUCAACCAUGAAAAUUACGGUCUGCAGCCUCAGAACAAAUACCUCCUGAAGGAACCUGUCCUGAACGACGACCUCCCAAGCCGUCUACUCUGCGGAGCGAUCAAGGUGAAACCCAGGGUGACGGGGCUCACAGAAACCUCGGCCAUGUUUGAGGAUGAGACAGUGGAGGAGGACAUCGAUGUCAUCGUCUUUGCAACAGGAUACACCUUCGCUUUUCCUUUCCUUGAAGAGUCGCUUGUCGAGGUGGAGGAUAUCGGGGUCUCGCUGUAUAAAUACAUGUUCCCCCCGCAGCUGGAGAAGGCCACCCUUGCGUGCAUCGGUCUCAUCCAGCCCCUGGGGUCCAUUUUCCCAACCGUCGAACUCCAGGCACGGUGGGCGACCCGAGUGUUCAAAGGCUUGUGCAGCUUGCCCUCACAGAAGGCCAUGAUGGAGGACAUUGUCAAAAGGAAUGAAAAAAGAAUCGACCUGUUUGGAACAAGCCAGAGCCAGAUACUGCAGACCAAUUACAUCGACUACCUGGACGAGCUCGCCUCGGAUAUAGGCGCGAAGCCAGACUUGGUCUCCCUUUUGUUCCAAGACCCCAAGCUGGCUGUGAAACUCUACUUUGGGCCCUGCAACUCCUAUCAGUACCGCCUGGCUGGGCCUGGGCAGUGGGAAGGAGCCAGGAGGGCCAUCCUCACCCAGAAGCAAAGGAUCCUGAAGCCUCUGAAGACCCGGUCUCUGAAGGCGGCGUCUGCUCUCCCCGCUCCCCUGCUGCUGACCCUGCUGGGGCUUCUGGCCAUCCUCAUGGCCCUUUUCUUCCAAAUUCAGUAGUUCUGAUCUAUCAGCAAAACACUUCAGCUCUAGCUUCUUGUCAGUCAGUGCCUCUUAAAGAAAACCAAAACUAAGAGAAAAAUAUUAUUUAGAUUUAGAGUUAGGAGGAAUAAGUUAGCAGGGGAACUGUGGGGAAGGAGGAGAAUUAGGUCCAUACAUAAAACCAAGGUCAUGGCAGGAAAUCUCCUUGCCAGCCCACCCUCUCCUCAAGUUCACCAGGCUCCAAAGAGUACAAUUUAAAAACGCUGUUCCCCAAGUAGAUAGAGCUGCUAGCCUUGGUGAGGUCUGAGUUAUGUGGAGCAGUGUAGAAAUUACACAGGCUGCAAAGCAGCUCCCUGGCUUGAAUAACUGAACGACGGAAACCGUGGUCAACAUUCACGACUCCCGCAGAGACACGUGACGGUGUUCCUGCAUGGGCCCAGUUUGGUACAAGAGUUCUCAGAUGCUAGGUCAGGCUCCAUUUGCUUGGUGCAGAAAUCACUCAAAAAUACGUGGGGCAAAAAUAAGAGGACAGACAGAAAAGCACACAAUGCUCAGAGAGACUGUUGAGCUUCAAAUUAAAAGCUAACCAAAUGGCCCCAUCCCCUGUAUCUGACAGCAAAACAGCUAUGAAAAUAAAAAUAAGCUUGCCUUAACAGCUAGCUAAAAGUACUCAUCAUAGACCAGAAAUUGCACUGUGUGCACUGCGUAUAUAUUGUUUUAUUUAAUUCUCACAACAAUUCUGAGAUGGGGAAAGCUAUGCUACCCCAUUUUACAGAUGAUGAAACUAAGACUCAGAGCAGUUGUAUAACCUGCCCAAGACCACACAGCUCAAAUCGCAGCCCAGGUUUGUUGGACUUUGAACUGAAGGUCCUGAUCUCAGCCUACAAUGUAUUUAUUAACAAAAACCUAAUAAAGGACUUACCAAUA